AUGUCUCAUAGUAGGGCUCUAUCGAAGUUCAGCACCUGCGAUGUGGCAGAUGGCUUAUUGAAUUUCUGUGGAAUAGAUGAUGGCGGGUUUCUUGGUAACUUAACGCAGUGGUCUGGGUCGGAGCAGGGGACACUAGUGGGCCCAGCCUACACCGUUUUAUUUGACAAAGUGGAAAAUGUGGACGAAGAGGUGAAUUAUAUCGACAGCCUGCCUCGAGGCGUAGUUCUCGUUAUUGGCCUUCCGCUUGAGCAGCAGCUUCCCACUGCACCGCACGUUAUAGUCAGCCAGGCCUUGUAUGGGGGCCUCAUGUCUACGAGGGCGCAGUACCUGGGGUCACGUGGCACAAUUGUUUUUGGAAGAGUCAGAGAUGUAGAUGAGCAUCGGCAGCUAAACUACCCUGUAUUCAGCCAUGCACUGGGCGUAUGCGCCCCCAGGAUGGCUGUAAAGCCUGCAAAAAUUGGCGUGGCGCUCCCCAUUCUAAUGCCUGAUGGCAGCGUCAGACAUCUCAAUCCGGGCGACUAUGUGGUUGCUGACGAAAAUGGUGUCGUCCAGAUCCCGGCGAGCGUAAGUUCAAAGAUGGAGAAGCUCAUAAAUUACAUUGAUCAUUCAAUUAAGGCGGAUCAGCGUGUCGCGCAGGAUAUCAAGAUUGGGGUACCUGCGAAACAAGCUCAGAGGAAUCGGCGGGCAGCUCUGAAGGACCUCAUCGAACCGAACUAA